AUGCCUGGCUUAAAUAUGGAUAUUGUAGUUCACCAUCUUCCUAUAAAGGAAGAUUGCAAGUCGGUUCAGCAAAAACUCCGAAGAAUGAGGCCUGAUGUUGUAUUGAAAAUAAAAGAGGAGGUGCAAAAGCAAUUCGAUGCUGGAUUCCUGCAAGUGGUCAAAUAUUCUGAGUGGGUAGCCAAUAUUGUACCUGUCCCUAAGAAAGAUGGGAAUGUACGAAUAAAAGGAACAUGUGCAGUGAGGUUGAGAAAAUUUCAGCUAAAGCUAAAUCUAGCAAAAUGCACAUUUGGGGUCAGAUCAGGAAAAUUGCUUGGGUUCGUGGUCAGUGAGAGAGGAAUUGAGAUUGAUCCUGACAAAGUAAGAGCAAUACAAGAAUUACCCCCACCACGUACUCAAAAGGAGGUUCGAGGUUUUCUAGGAAGGCUGAACUAUAUCGCUCGGUUCAUCUCACAGCUAACCGAGAAAUGCGACCCCAUAUUUCGCCUCCUCAAGAAACAUAAUCCAAGUGUAUGGGAUGAUGAAUGUCAAAAAACUUUUGAAAAAGUCAAACAUUACUUAUCCAACGCCCCAGUGCUGAUACCACCCUGCCCAGACAAACCGCUCAUACUGUAUUUGGCAGUAUUUGAAAAUUCCAUGGGAUGCGUGCUUGGUCAACAUGAUGAAUCAGGAUGA